UCUGGUACUGCUCUGAGUCCAGCUUCUGGCUGGAGGAUGGUGGGACAGCACUUGUGGGCCACAGAAAGAGCAGCUGCCAGUUGCUAAUCUUUCCCUCCCUGAAGUUGAUGCCUGUGGGACACAGCUGGGAAGACAGGAUCAUCAGGCUUAAAGGAGCAUAAAUACUUCCUAAAAUGGCACUGGCCAGUUCAAUUUCUAGCAAAGCAGCACCACCACACUCCAGAAAAGUUUCUGCAGCAGGAGUGGAAGUGAACCAGAGCAAGAUGGAUUUUUUCUGCAAGCUGGGCUAUAAUAAGCAGGACAUCUGCAAAGUGCUGGAGAAUCUGGGCCAAGAGGCCCUGGAGGAUGAUGUGCUGAAGGAGCUGAUUCGGAUGGGGAGCAAACCUCAGGCUCUGGAGGACCAGGCUCAGCCUUCCCAGCUGAAGCUGGUAGCCCGUGGAUCGUGCAGCACCUCAGCAGGGCUGAAGUGGCUUGGAGAAGAUGAAAGUGAUUCUUCUGACUCCUUGAGGCCCAUUGUGAUUGAUGGCAGCAAUGUCGCCAUGAGUCAUGGAAACAAGGAGGUGUUCUCCUGCUGGGGCAUUCAGCUGGCAGUGGAUUGGUUUCGAGAGAGGGGGCACACUUACAUCAAGGUUUUUGUCCCACUCUGGAGGAAGGAACCCCCUCGACAAGACAGCCCCAUUGCAGAUCAGCACAUCCUUGAGGAGCUGGAGAAGCAAUCCAUCCUGGUGUACACCCCCUCCAGGAAAGUGAAGGGCAAGCGGGUGGUUUGCUACGACGAUCGCUACAUAGUGAAAGUCGCUUAUGAGAGGGAUGGAGUCAUUGUUUCCAAUGACCACUACCGGGACCUCCAGAAUGAAAACCCCGAGUGGAAAUGGUUCAUUGAGCAGCGACUACUCAUGUACUCCUUUGUCAGUAACAGGUUUAUGCCUCCCGACGAUCCAUUAGGCCGGCACGGACCCACCUUAAGUAACUUCCUCAGCAAAAAGCCAGUGCUUCCUGAGAGAAAAUGGCAGCCUUGCCCUUAUGGUAAAAAAUGCACCUAUGGCAAUAAAUGCAAAUUUUACCAUCCAGAGAGACAACAUCAAGCUCAGCUUUCGGUUGCUGAUGAGCUCAGGGCCAAAACAAAGGUCCCGUUAUCCCAGGGGAAGGAGGAGGAGAGGUGUCAGUGCUCCCCGUGCGACGCCUGCACAGAAACUCUGCGGGAAGCCAGAGGCUGCUCGGGGCCCUCCCGCUGCCCAGGCCGGUCCCAGGGCGGCUGCUCGGAGCAGACAUUCCGUGCCUGGCCCAGCAGCGCUGGCUCUGACCUGCGGAGGGACCCGCGCCUGCCGCAGCCAGAGCCGCUCCUGGAGAAGAUGUCAGUGGUGUCCAUCCGUGAGGACACGUGCGGCUGCAGCUGGUCCCGGUGCACCUCUCGGGACAGGGGGCUCACGGACAGCACCCAGCCCUGCUCCGACCUCAGGCACAAGCUGCUCUCACUGCAUCCCCCUCGGGGCUUGGAGCGCCCCGGCUCUCCCGGGUGCCCUUUCCAGCGAGGAGCGCUCCCGACCGUGCCCGGCGGGAUGUGCCCGGAGGGCGGCUGGGCUCAGGAGCGCCCAGGGGUGCCCGGAGCAGGACACAGGAGCCGCUCCUUCCCUCGCGGUGCUCAGCACGAACAGGCCCCGGAGAGCCAGCAGCCUCUUCUGCGGCAGUGCCCGGCUCUGUGCCCUGCCCGGCUGCCCCCGUACAGCGAGCCCCAGCCCCAUCCCCAUGCUCAGCCCCAUCCCCAUGCCCAGCAGCAGCGCUGUGUGCCCAGCCAGGCCCCGGGGCAGCCUGCCCAGCUGGAGCCCAGCAACGGAACGGGAUUAUUCCAGAACGCCCAUGCCUACCCCAGCGCCGCUUACAGGGACUACUGGCACACCCCAGCUGCAAGGCCACCCUCUGCCCAGCAAAUAAACAUACACAGGGAGCUGUGCUCCCCUUAUCCAUACAGUGGGAUGAGCCAGGUGAUGACUUUGUACCCCAGUAUCCAGGAUAAGGGCACUGGAGCACCUCCCCUAUGAAGACAGGCUCGGGAAGGUGGGGCUAUUCAGCCUGGAGAAAAGAAGUUUGCAUGGAGACCUCAUAGAAACCUUCCAGUAUCUGAAGAGAGCCUACAAGGAAGCCAGAGAAGGACUCUUAAUCAGCAACUCCAGUGACAGUACACAGGGGGAUGGCUUCAAACUGAGACAGGGUAGGUUUAGAUUAGAUUUUAGGAUGAAAUCCUUAAUUGGGUGGGUGGUGAGACGCUAGAACAGGUUGCUCAUAGAAGUUGUGGAUGCCCCAUCCCUGGAAGUGUUUAAAGCCUGGUUGGAUGGGGCUCUGAACAGUCUGGUCUGGUGAAAGGUGAAAGGUGUCCCUGCCCAUGGCAGCAGGGAUGUUGGAACUGCAUUAUCUUUUAUGUCCCUUCCAAGUCAAACAAUUCUGUUAUUCUAUGAUAUUGCCUGCUGGACUUUAAUGAUUGAAAGACACAGAAAUUUGUGAAACCUCCAGAGCAAACCACUCCCAAUCAGCACAAGUCCCAGGGCAAGAAGAUGCUGAAGCUUAACUAACUGAAGCUCAUUCUGAGUCUUAACUAACUGUUUUUAGAGGGUGUUAUAGCAAG